AUGAUCGACUACCGAAAGCAUUGGGAUGCCUCUCUGGUGGCGCGGUUUGGCCCGCCCGUGAUCGACAUCCCUGGAGGCGUGCAUGCGAACGGGAGCUUCGUGACCUUGCGCGUUGGGACCACACACCUGACGCCCGAGGUGGGUGUGGCGACUGCUCUGGACAUGAUGCUGGGCUUGGAUGGAGCGCAGCCGGCUGUUGGACUAGUCGGGGCUCGCGCUUCCAGUGUUAGCAGGCCCGUGGCGAGCCUUGCCGCUGUCCGCCAAGUGCCGCAGAUAUCCUACGCCUCCACGAACCCAGCCCUCUCCAAAAAGGACCUGUAUCCCUACUUCAUGCGCGUGGUGCCGCCAGACACCGUGCAGGGCUUGGCUCUCUGGAGCUGGAUUCUGCACUUCAAUGUGGCCUCAGCCAUCUGCUUCUACUCCCAGGAGCCUUAUGGCGAAGGCCUCCUUGGAGUUCUAGAGGAGCUGGCACGGGAGCAUGAUGAGCCGGAGCGCGUGAAGCGCCACGGGCUGCAGUACAGUCCCCAAGGGAUGUCGGACGAGGCAGUUGAAGCUGUCGACGCGCUCAAGCUCCUUGGACCCCGCUUCGUCAUUUUGGCCCUGGCGCCGGGGAUGGCUGAGGAGAUCCUGCCCGUCCUGUGGCAGGAGGGGCUCAUGGGCCCAGACUGGCAACUCGUAUGCACCGACAGCAUCCCACCCUUCAACCCUCUGCUACCCGUCGGGUUCAUGACAUUUCUUCCUUAUGGAAAAGGUGCUCUCUUUCCGAAUUUUCAGAAUUUCUGGUCUCGGCUGGAGCCAGAGGACAUAAUUGGCGCGGAGGCGCGGCAAAGGCAUCGCUUGGAUGUGAUGAAGAGGCCCUUCGCGGAUGAAGUGGUUGUGGACACCAUGGCAAAACUCCAAGAAGCCAGUUCCUGGGCUGCCCUGGCUUUUGAUGCCGUCUACGCCUUCCUUGUGGCCAUCAACCAGCUCCUGCACAAGGGAGUCCCAGGUCACGAGAUUCAGCGCCAGCUUCUCCUUGAGGAGUUGAGGCAGCAAAGCUUCGAAGGAGCUUCCGGCAGAGUCAGUUUCAAUGAGGAUGGCGACCGCGCGGGCUUCUUCAUCGAGAUGAUGAACGUGCAGCAUGUGCAGCCGAGCGCGCAGUCCAACCAGUCCAACCAGUCCAACCAGUCCAACCAGUCCAACCAAGCAGUAGGCGCUGCCAUCUUCAGCGCCGCGAACCGAACAUUCAGCUUCACAAGCAGCCUGGUUUGGAUGGACGGAUCCACGCAUGACUUCCCCCCACAGCAGCUGUCGGCGUGUGGUCCAGGGUUCUACAAAGAUGAGACCCAGCAGUGCCACGUCUGCCCCAAGGGAAGCCAAUGCUCCCAGGGAUCCUUCACUGCUUGCCCCAGGGGGACUUUUGCAAACAGGACUGGGAUGUCCAGCUGCACUUUGUGCCCCCAAGGCCGCUUCGCAAGAGACGUGGGCUCGUUCGAGUGCAGCCCGUGCCUGCCGGGCUUUGCGGCGCCCGACAUGGGCCUGGAGACGUGCGUCAGGUGCAAGCCAGGAAGCUACAUGCCCUCGGCGCGGGGCACUGAGUGCCUGGCUUGUGGGCUGCAGCAGAUCACCCCGGAGAGCGGCGCCGAGUCUGAGUCGGAGUGCUUAUGCGCGGAGGCGACCUUCAUGUGCGGAAGCAUCGGCUGCAUCGAGUGCCCACAAGGCCUCCACUGCCCACAGGGCCUCAACCCCCCACUACAGCAAGCAGGAUACUGGGCUGACGCAGACGCCUUUAAGGCUUCCUUUGCCUGUGAAGCCUCAGUCCUGCGCUGCCGCAACAAGAACGAGUGCCCAGCAGGGGUUAUUGGGCAGUGCGCCAGUGGGCGGGAGGGCCUGGCCUGCAACAAUUGCCAGAGGAACCACUUUCCGGUGGAAGAUGGGCCCGACAUGGGGACGUGCCAGCCCUGUGGGGAGAGCGACUAUCUUCCCGGCGUCUUCUUCUUCAUCCUCCUACCGACUGCCCUGGUGGUGGUCAUCAUGAUGAAGGAGCCCAGCCAGCUGAGCUUCAACGUGCUGACAGCUGCCGCAGUGGCGAGCCAGAUCAUUGCAGCCCUCCAGGCGCUGGGAUCCAUGCAGCAGCUCACCAUCGAGUGGCAACAUCCUGUUAAGGGCCUCUUGGAGUUCACCGACAUCCUGACCCUGGACCUCGAUUUCCUCCGCAUAACAUGCCUCUCCGGCACCGACAGCCGAGUGCUCAAGUUCGCAACGUUGCUGCUGACCUGCCCGGCCCUUUGCCUGAUCCUUGUUGUUUCGUGGUUCCUGGCCAAGCUCCUCAACCGGCCCAAGCCCUUGGACAGUCUCCUCAACCUCUGCGGGCUCUGCCUCUUUGCCUUCUUCCUAUCGAUCACACUGGCCAUGUUGAGCCCAUUUCGCUGCAUGCCGAACCCUAACGGGACGCGGUCACUGAUCACGGAUCCAGGCAUCAUCUGCUACAUGUCCGACGAGCAUCUCGUGCUCGUCGGCCUGGCCACCGCGGGUGUUCUGAGCCAGCCAGUGCCAAUACUUGCAUGGGCCGCCUAUACCACCUUCAAGUACCCGUCGCGUGUUGCCAGCGGCCAAGCUCUCCGGCGGGUCAACCGCUACCGGUUCAUGUUCCACAGGUUCAAGGCGGACAAGUACUACAACGGUCUGGUUCUGCUGGUCCGCAAUGGCCUGGUGGCCACAUUGCCCAUCGUGACGCUGGAGAUGCCGGAGCUCCAGGUGCCCUCCAUGGGCCUCAUCUUGCUGGCCUUCGGUGGGCUGCAGGCCCGGACGUACCCAUGGCGCACGGAGCAGGCGAACCACGUGGAGCUCCUGCUGACGAUGCUGUUGCUCAUGGUGCUCCUGGCCGCCGCCCCAUUGCUCAGCGUCAGAUCCUCCACCCUGCUGGGCUGGCUCCUUUGCUUUCCUGUAUUUGGGAUUCUGCUCGUAGCGGGGGUGGCGCUCCUCCGAGCCGCCCUGAAGCGCCACCAGCGCCACUACGACAUCUUCCUGUGCCACCACAAGGGAGGUGCCGGCAGCCUCUGCCGACUUGUGAAGAUCUUGAUCGCCCGGUGCUCCCCCGCCUGUGUGUUCUUGGACUGCGACCAUUUGGAGAACUUGGACAUUCUCUUCGACAUCGUCCGCGUGGCGACGAGGAGCAUCGUGGUGGUGCUGACGCCUGAAAUCCUGAAGCGCGUGUGGUGCGCCGGCGAGAUCACGACCGCCUUCAAGAAUGGCAUCACCACGGUGCCCCUGCGGUGCGAUGGCUACAUGGCCCUGACCGAGGAGGCACGGGAGUUUGCAUUCUCCCUUUGGACCCCCCAACAGAUUCACAUGCUGGCGGGCAAUGGCAUCCAGCGCGAUGGGGUCCGGGCUGCGUACCACUGGCUGGAGGGGCUCGAGGCUUUAGAGAUGCCGCGCUUCGGGCCGGUGGCAGACAAGGAGGAGGUUGUGUGGAAGCUCCUACAACGCUGCGGAACAUCGAUGCUGAAGGGCUUAUCCCUCCAGCCGGGAUCGUCCCGGAGCAGCCUCUCCCCAGCCAGAGCCCGCAUUCUCAUCAUGUCUCUGUCGGACGCCGAUCGAGUGCACGGUGGUCCAGCACCGGCGGCAGAUGCAGAGCUCUUCGCCUACUACCUCGUGGUUCUGCUCUUCCGCGGCAUCUUCUCGGACCCGAGCUUCGCGCGGUUGCUGUUGGCGGCCUUCAGUCUUCCCGGGCGCUCGCUGGAAGUCGUGACCCUGAUCGCCGAUGUGCAUUUCGAGUUUCCGAACUUUGAGAUCCUUCAGGCUUCGGAACCCGACGAAGAUGUGGAGGAAGAGGCAAAUCGGCAACAGCUACUGCAGGCGUAUCGGCUCCUUGUCACUGUCCUGGCUCUGCCCUUUUCGCCCUUGGCGUCUGAAGGCCUUCAGCAGAAGCAGGUGGCCGAGAUUGCAGGGCGAAUGCAUCGCUACACGGAGCCUGCCGAUGCCGUGCCCCGUGAUGAGGCGGAUGACAGCUUCACCCUCGCGCACUUUGAGGUCUGCGAGGGUGACUACAACGGAAAGUCAUCGCAGGUCACCAAUCCAGAAGAGGGAGCGUUCGCCUGGACGCUACAUGGAUCGACCCAGCUUGCGUUGUGA